AUGCAAGCACUCCUGCUGUUUCUGGUGCCCGUUCUGUAUGCCCAGAACUCUGAGAACGUAUCCAAUGAAACAGCCAAUUUGCCCUACGUGGAAGCAAAGCUCGAGGCUAUACCGGCAACUGUGCAGGCCUGCGGCGAGCUUAUCUUCAACGGAGCCAACUCCUUUGAUUCCAGGGGCGACCCGCUCCAAUUCUUCUGGGGCUUCGGACCGGGAACGCCAAGCUGGUUUCGCACACCUCGACUGUCGACACUGCUGCAAGAAGCUACAGCGACGAGUGCGGCCUCUGUGGUUGUAGGUCCGGGCAUCCUGUCAGAAGCGGGUGCGCGUCUAGGUGAGCAGCUGAGAGAGGGGGAGGUACGCUUAGAAGUGAGGCUGAUCGUGAGAAAUGCCUUAGGCAACAGCACGGAGGCAGUUGUUUCGGCAGGGGUGGUCGGGUCAACAGCACAGGCAGAGCCAGUCAUCUUUCCUGUAGGGGCCACGGACUCGCAGCUCAGACACAGUGACAGUCUGCGUCUCUCGGUCAUCACUUCGGAGGCGCCCUUUGCACUUCAGUGUGCUUUGCGAGAUCCUGGACAAAGUGCUGGCCGGACGAACGUGACAUGGGAGUACCGGGGCGUUGAACCUGGCUUUGGGCCCUUCCAGGCCUUGGAGAGCUUGGCAGCAUUGAACCCAUUGUGGCGCGAUCAGUCAGGCGACCCUAAUUCUGUGGAGCUCUUACCCUAUGCCUUUCAGCCUGGCACGUUCCACCUUCUCCGAGCCGUUGCUGCCUUCGACACACGCCCUACCCUUGCUCCAAGGGCAAAUGUUGUGUUUAGAAUUGCAGUCGAGCCAUUGCCACCGCUGGAAGUGCACAUCAUCGGUCCCAGAAUCGCAUCCCAGUGUGGCUUUGAACUAAGUGUUUCGGCGUGGGACCCCACCCAACCAAGCGACCUCUCAGACUUUGAGUUUGAAUGGAGGUGUUCAUCCAUUGUGCAAGUCGGUGAGCUUGACAUCUGUGCAAGUCUGCCAAAUUUCGGGCCUGCAGCUUCACAGACAGAUGGCAUGGGAGCUGCUGGGCCAAAGCUAAUGGUGCGACCCGGCCUGCUUCCUGGCAUCCACCGCUUCUCAGUGAUCGUUCGCCGCAAGAUUGGUGGUGGGCCUUCAGCGAUUGCCAGGAAUCCUGUGCAGGUGCGGAACACUUCCUUUGCAACACUGGCUUUGAAGUUCCCGAAUUACGCAUACACGGGCAAAGUGAACCUUUCAGACGGGAUACCUGUUGUUGGUGCCGCUGUGGAUGUAGCUGGGCAGGCAGGCCCAGGAUGCCUCGUUCCGGAAGUCCACUGGCAGUGGGUGCUUAUCGAAGACCGUCUCUUACCCAGACUGGAUCGAAUCCUCCCCACGCAGGCGGAAACAAUGGGCAACUUUCUUGAGCUACAGUCCGGUGUGAGUGAUGGUGGGUUGCUACCAGGAAUUCCCUACUACCAUGUCCUGCUACAGUCUGACAGUGAAAGCGCCUUGGCUGAUGUCCUCGCUACGGCCCCAGACCGGCCGCCACUGGAGAACAUUCUGCGGAACGGCGUUGCGAUUGCGAUCACGUCCCCAAAGUUUGUGGCCGAAGAACCGCCUUCAGCCGGCUCGAUCACAGCCAGCCUCGCAGAUGUUGCAGUAUCUGUGCGAUUUCUGUCAGUGCAGAUGCUUCAAAAAACGAUGGAUGAGAGGCCUACUGUCCUGGAAUAUGAGUUCGUCGCUUUCCCGCUCCAGGAGAUCCAGCGAGGCACAGAUCCCGACGAUUCGCCAGCUCCACAGAUAGACUGGGACAAUCCCCGGAGCUCACGGUACUGGAAAGAGCUUAGCGGGCAGCUGCUACGGCCAUGGGGUCGCUCGCCGGAGGCACUUGUGCAUAUGCCUGCGGGACAGUACCAUCUGGCAGUCCGUGCGCGGGAUGACGAGGGGGCAAUUGCCGUGGCAAUGGCAACGGAGCCCCUCAUCGUGGACGCCGAGCAAAACUUCACUGUGGCUUAUGUGGAAGCUCUACUCGCAAGCGUGCAGGUGACGAACGAUGUGUGGCAGCUUCUCCAGGCAGCAGUGGCUGUGGCUGCAACAGCUGACCCGAUUGUGCGACAGAAGGAAUGCAGCACUGAUUUCUUCGGCACGGUGACUUGCAAGCAGAUUCCAGCGCAGGAGGUUGUAAGACCAGUGUUUGAGAUGUUGACUGCUGCUGCCCCCUUCGUCCGGGGCGACUUAGUUGGGAAGCUCGGAUUCGCCGUGAUGAUGCUGCUGCAAACAGUGUCCGUUAGUGUCUUGCAGGCAGUUGAUGUCACUGCAGUGUUUGGAGACAGCUUUGACCCCCGCAACCUCACGGAUCCCGAGGACCAGGCUGUCGCGGUGUUUUGGAACGUCUCCAGACUCCAGAUACCGUAUGAGUUCACUGCGGUGGCCGGGCAGCUCCUGGUGUCUACGCAGGAAAGGCUGCUUCUUGACCAGGCACGGGAUGCGCGACACGCUCUGGAUCGAUAUGCUGCGGAGGAGGUAUGGAGCGGCAUUACGAUGACCCUGUCUGCACUGCAGAUGGCAACUUCUGCGGCUGCGGCAGCUCUUGCGCGGCAGGUACAAGGGUUAGUCGAUGGCCUCGCUGCCUCCACACUGCCAAGGCUGCGGCCUGGCGAGGAGAUACAGCUCGCAUCGAUGAGACACGCUUUUCACGCCGAGAUGCUCCUGGCAAAGGAGAGGGCUGGCAGUGACGUGCGGCUGCCGGGCGUUUUCGUCCCCAGGCAAUUGAGCACGGGCAGCUCGCAAAGCUGUGAUGAGAUGGAAGUCCAAGUCACCAGCUGGUUCGCUCUGAAUCCUCGUUUCUGGGCUCCUCGUGGAUUUGGUGUUACAGACCUCGUCCUGCCAAACACGUCCAUGAAGGGUAUCUACUUGCGACGCUGUGGCGAACCAGUCUUUCAAGAAGGUCUUUCAACCCCGCUGGAGAUUGACCUUGAUAUCUCACAGCCAGAGGUUGUCUAUCCUGGUUAUCUGGUGGAGUACAUGUGUGCAACGUUUGAUGAGAGUCUUGGAGCUUGGUCCACGGCAGGGGUCACAUCAAAAAGCCCAAUCACCAAUACUUCUACAGAGAUGACCUGCUUGGCCAGCAAUAGCUUUGGUCUCUUCGCUGCUUUAUUCCGUGUAGUGAGAGAGGAACCGCCAAACACCACCACACCAAUGCCACCACCACCAGAAGUUGAUGAAGGCCUAACUCUUGGUGCCUUGAUUGCCAUAGUAGGAGGAGGCAGCGUUCUCCUUUGCGGCUGCAUCGGAGCGGGCUACGCUUGGCAUGUGAUGAGGUCACGCGAACCCGUGGAGCCUGAGCCCGAAGAAGAGGAAGAGGAAGUGGUGGAGACGGAGUCGGAAUCAGAGGUUGCCGAGCUGCCUGAUCCGGAUCCUGCACUCACAAAGCUGCGCCUGGCAGCAGAAGCUGGAACUCUCACCGCGCGGGAGAUCUUGGCUCACCACACUGCUCCUACAGGAAUCAUCAAACAGGAGUUGGUUCGAGCUCUGGACAUCGGCUAUGAGAAGAAGCGCCGUGAGGCGCAAGCCAAGGCAUUCCGGAAAGAACAGAAAGGCAAAGAAGAAGUUGUAGAAAUUGCCAAGUCUGAUUCCGGAGAUGAUACCUCACAAGCCAGCUUCACGCCCGUCCACGGUAAGGAGUUCGCACAAGCCAAUCCCAGAAGAGCACGGCUUUCAUCGCCGAUGACGUCCGGUUCAGCACCUCCAUCACGGCAGUCGGAGCAAAGGUCAUCCCGAGCAUCAAGGGGCUCGGGAUCCCGACGGCAGUCUUCUGGGUCGCAGCGCCGCCGCUCUCAACAGUCCGG